AUGGCCAGCUACGCUUCGUUGCUCUUGGCCUGCUGCCUGGGCAUGGCCUCCAUGCACCUGGUCUUCGUGGCUCAGGGCUCUCCUGGAUCAUCUGCACCACAGACACCCAGCCAGGUGUCAAGUGCUCAGCUGCCAGGAGCACCCGACAUGGAGGACAACGGCAUGGCCCAGGCUGCUUUGCGCUUCGGAAGCGGCCUGAUGCUUGGCCUUGUGCUGUUGGCCUUUGGACAGCCCACCUUUGCUGAUGUGGAAGAUGUGGUGAUCCCUGUGGAUGACAAGGGCAAGACCACCACCUUGACCAAGGAGCAGGUGGUUCGUGGCAAGCGUUUGUUUAUCGCGGCCUGCGCCUCUUGCCAUGUCGGCGGUGGCACCCGCACCAACCAGAACGUGGGCCUGGCCAUUGAGGAGUUGAGCGGCGCCCAGCCAAACCGAGCGACUGUCGAGGGAUUGGUGGACUACCUGAACAACCCCACCACCUACGAUGGACUCAAGGACAUCUCUGAGGUCCACCCAUCCAUCAAGGGUGGCGACAUUUGGCCAAAGAUGAUCUCAAUGAAGCAGCAGGACUUGUAUGACAUGUCCGCGUACAUCCUGUACCAGAAUCAGACCAUCCCAGAGAAGUGGGGCGGAGGAAAGGCUUUGAGGUUUGCCGCGUUUUUUGAAAGAAUGGCCAGCUACGCUUCGUUGCUCUUGGCCUGCUGCCUGGGCAUGGCCUCCAUGCACCUGGUCUUCGUGGCUCAGGGCUCUCCUGGAUCAUCUGCACCACAGACACCCAGCCAGGUGUCAAGUGCUCAGCUGCCAGGAGCACCCGACAUGGAGGACAACGGCAUGGCCCAGGCUGCUUUGCGCUUCGGAAGCGGCCUGAUGCUUGGCCUUGUGCUGUUGGCCUUUGGACAGCCCACCUUUGCUGAUGUGGAAGAUGUGGUGAUCCCUGUAUUUGAACUGCCCAACUUGGAAGAUCAGGUGGAUGACAAGGGCAAGACCACCACCUUGACCAAGGAGCAGGUGGUUCGUGGCAAGCGUUUGUUUAUCGCGGCCUGCGCCUCUUGCCAUGUCGGCGGUGGCACCCGCACCAACCAGAACGUGGGCCUGGCCAUUGAGGAGUUGAGCGGCGCCCAGCCAAACCGAGCUACUGUCGAGGGAUUGGUGGACUACCUGAACAACCCCACCACCUACGAUGGACUCAAGGACUUGUAUGACAUGUCCGCGUACAUCCUGUACCAGAAUCAGACCAUCCCAGAGAAGUGGGGCGGAGGAAAGGCUUUGAGGUUUGCCGCGUUUUUUGAAAGAAUGGCCAGCUACGCUUCGUUGCUCUUGGCCUGCUGCCUGGGCAUGGCCUCCAUGCACCUGGUCUUCGUGGCUCAGGGCUCUCCUGGAUCAUCUGCACCACAGACACCCAGCCAGGUGUCAAGUGCUCAGCUGCCAGGAGCACCCGACAUGGAGGACAACGGCAUGGCCCAGGCUGCUUUGCGCUUCGGAAGCGGCCUGAUGCUUGGCCUUGUGCUGUUGGCCUUUGGACAGCCCACCUUUGCUGAUGUGGAAGAUGUGGUGAUCCCUGUGGAUGACAAGGGCAAGACCACCACCUUGACCAAGGAGCAGGUGGUUCGUGGCAAGCGUUUGUUUAUCGCGGCCUGCGCCUCUUGCCAUGUCGGCGGUGGCACCCGCACCAACCAGAACGUGGGCCUGGCCAUUGAGGAGUUGAGCGGCGCCCAGCCAAACCGAGCGACUGUCGAGGGAUUGGUGGACUACCUGAACAACCCCACCACCUACGAUGGACUCAAGGACUUGUAUGACAUGUCCGCGUACAUCCUGUACCAGAAUCAGACCAUCCCAGAGAAGUGGGGCGGAGGCUUUGAGGUUUGCCGCGUUUUUGAAAGAAUGGCCAGCUACGCUUCGUUGCUCUUGGCCUGCUGCCUGGGCAUGGCCUCCAUGCACCUGGUCUUCGUGGCUCAGGGCUCUCCUGGAUCAUCUGCACCACAGACACCCAGCCAGGUGUCAAGUGCUCAGCUGCCAGGAGCACCCGACAUGGAGGACAACGGCAUGGCCCAGGCUGCUUUGCGCUUCGGAAGCGGCCUGAUGCUUGGCCUUGUGCUGUUGGCCUUUGGACAGCCCACCUUUGCUGAUGUGGAAGAUGUGGUGAUCCCUGUGGAUGACAAGGGCAAGACCACCACCUUGACCAAGGAGCAGGUGGUUCGUGGCAAGCGUUUGUUUAUCGCGGCCUGCGCCUCUUGCCAUGUCGGCGGUGGCACCCGCACCAACCAGAACGUGGGCCUGGCCAUUGAGGAGUUGAGCGGUGCCCAGCCAAACCGAGCCACUGUCGAGGGAUUGGUGGACUACCUGAACAACCCCACCACCUACGAUGGACUUAAGGACAUCUCUGAGGUCCACCCAUCCAUCAAGGGUGGCGACAUUUGGCCAAAGAUGAUCUCAAUGAAGCAGCAGGACUUGUAUGACAUGUCCGCGUACAUCCUGUACCAGAAUCAGACCAUCCCAGAGAAGUGGGGCGGAGGAAAGGUGUACUACUAG